CCCAGGAGCCCUGGCAGAGUGUGCGUGUGUGGGAGCUCGAGAGCCCCUCCACAACCACCCCUUGGGGCGCGCGGCUGCAGUUAGGGUGAGGGUCCCAGUGCGCAGGCGCACUCCCGUUCGCGGUCCCCAACGGACGCACCCGCGGCGGGAACGAGAAGGGGCCACCGGUGUGAGGCCUUGGACCCUCCACCAGAGGAAGAUGCUGCUGCCACCUGCCUGCUCUUCCUGAACCUUCAGGUUUCUGCCACACUGCCCCAUGGAGGACACGCCCACCUCACUCAGCUGCUCUGACUGUCAGCGCCACUUUCCUAGCCUCCCAGAACUGUCACGGCACCGAGAACUGCUCCAUCCAUCUUCCAACCAGGACAGUGAGGAGGCUGACAGCAUCCCUCGGCCCUACCGCUGUCAGCAGUGUGGGCGGGGCUAUCGUCACCCAGGGAGCCUGGUCAACCACCGCCGGACCCACGAGACUGGCCUUUUCCCCUGUACCACCUGUGGCAAGGACUUCACCAAUCCCAUGGCCCUCAAGAGCCACAUGAGGACUCAUGCUCCUGAAGGCCGCCGGCGGCGCAGGCCUCCGCGCCCCAAGGAAGCCACUCCAUGCCUCCAGGGGGAGACAGUGUCCACUGACUCCUGGGGCCAGAGGCUUGGCCCUGGGGAAGGCUGGGAAAACCAGAAGAAACAUACUGAAGAGACAUCUGGCUGUGAAUCUGGGCCAGACUCUAGGGCAGCUCUGGGCACUUGGGAAGAUCCACCCACCAGACAAAGAGAAGGCUGGGAAAGCCAGCCAGAUCCUGAGGAGGGCACAGAGGGCUGGGGGCCCACCACCAACUCUGCCGGAGACCCACCGCUCCCCACCCCGGCCAGCAGUCUCCUUAGCAAUUUGGAACAGUAUUUGGCUGAAUCAGUAGUGAAUUUCACAGCGGGCGAGGAGCCCGCCCAGUCCCCUCCUGCUGAGGAUGAGCGGCGGUACAAAUGCAGUCAAUGUGGCAAGACCUACAAGCAUGCCGGGAGCCUCACCAACCACCGCCAGAGCCACACCCUGGGCAUCUACCCUUGUGCCAUCUGCUUCAAGGAGUUCUCUAACCUCAUGGCUCUGAAGAAUCACUCCCGACUCCAUGCCCAGUAUCGGCCUUACCAGUGUCCCCACUGCCCCCGCGCCUUCCGGCUCCCCCGAGAGCUGCUGGAACAUCAGCAAUCCCAUGAGGGUGAAAGUCAGGAGGGGCUGUGGGAAGAGAAAGGGAUGCCCACCACCAAUGGGCACGCAGACGAGAGCAGCCGGGAACAGCUCCCUGGUACACAGAUGCUGAAUGGCUCUGGGGAGCUGAGCACCUCUGGGGAGCUGGAAGAUAGCAGCCUGGAGGAGUACCGGCCAUUCCACUGUGGGGACUGUGGCCGUACCUACCGCCAUGCUGGGAGCCUCAUCAACCAUCGCAAGAGCCACCAGACAGGUGUCUACCCCUGCUCCAUCUGUUCCAAGCAGCUGUUCAACGCAGCUGCCCUCAAAAACCACGUGCGGGCACAUCACAGACCCCGGCAAGGAGCCGGGGAGGAUGGGCAGCCAUCAGUACUGCCAGCUCCCCUGCCGCUGGCUGAGACCACCCACAAAGAGAAGGAGGUCCCCGCCGCCACCCUGGACCACCGCCCCUAUAAGUGCAAUGAGUGUGGUCGGGCUUACCGGCACCGGGGGAGCCUGGUGAACCACCGCCAUAGCCAUCGGACAGGAGAGUACCAGUGCUCACUCUGUCCCCGCAAGUACCCCAACCUCAUGGCCCUGCGCAACCACGUGCGGGUACACUGCAAGGCUGCUCGCCGCAGCACAGGCCCAGGGGCCGAGGGUCCCCUCGGCCGCCGCAAAUUGGAGCUCCCAGCUGACCCAGUGGGAGCAGAGGCAGCCCCCCAUUCAGAUCAGGGACCUGGGUGCAGACGUGAAGAGGGGACCACCGAUGUCCCGCCAGCAGCAGAUAGGACCGCGCCACAGAUAUGUAGCCUGGGUGGCAUGCUCUUUGAAGACCCUGAGAGUCUUGAACGUCACGGCCGGAGCCGUGGGGAAGGGGAGAACGGCAGGACCGAGACCAGGGUGUCACCUCCUCGGGCGUUUGCCUGCCGAGACUGUGGAAAGAGCUAUCGCCACUCAGGCAGCCUCAUCAACCACCGGCAGACCCACCAGACGGGAGACUUCAGUUGCGGGGCCUGCACCAAGCGCUUCCACACCGUGGCCGCCAUGAAGAACCACAUGCGCCGCCACAGUCGGCGGCGGAGCAGGCGGCACCGGAGGCGGGCUGGCAGUGCUGGCGGUGGGGGAGAAGCCGAACUCCCAUCAGGCGGGAGCUGGGCCCCAGAGCUGGUGGGAGACGGUGAGGGCCUGAGCCGUCCCCAAGACCUUUCAAGGCAAAGUCUGAGUGGAGCCGAAGGCAACAUGGAAAGUGAUGGGAGCUGUUUGCAGGCUGCAGCUGAAAGGGACAAAUGUGGGCUUGAGAGGGAUGAGGCCUGUUUCCAGGGUGAUAAAGAGAGCAGCGGCACUGAGGAAGGACUGGAAAGGAAGGAGGCCUGUUUCCUUGACAACUUGGACGUCCCAGGCGAUGAGGAGAGCAAUGGGACUCGCUUCUGUGGUGGCCUCCCUGGGGUGGAGGAAGACCAGAAACCAGCCCCUGGCCAGCCCAGCUCCCCUUCCCACUCUGCCAGAGCCGCUGCUGGCUGGCAGGCUGAGGUCUCCCACACGUGUCCUGACUGUGGGCAUUCUUUCCCCCACUCCGCUGGCCUGCUGAGCCACAGGCCCUGCCACCCACCGGGCAUCUAUCAGUGCUCCCUCUGCCCGAAGGAGUUUGAGUCCUUGCCUGCCCUGCGCAGCCACUUCCAGAGCCAUGGGCCCGGGGAGGCAGCCUCCGCACAGCCCUUCCUCUGCUGCCUCUGCGGCAUGAUCUUCCCUGGGCGGGCUGGCUACAGGCGUCACCGGCGCCAGGCUCAUGACUCCUAUGGUACGACUGAGGGCUCAGAGGAGGAGGGGGAAGAGGAAGGAGCAGCAGGGGCAGCCUCCACCCAUAGUCCCCCAUUGCAGCUCUCGGAAGCAGAACUGCUGAAUCAGCUGCAGCGGGAGGUGGAGGCGCUGGAUGGCGCCGGGUAUGGGCACAUCUGUGGCUGCUGCGGUCAGACCUACGAUGACCUGGGCAGCCUGGAGCGUCACCAUCAAAGUCAGAGUUCCGGGAACACCAACGGCGAGGUUCCCAGCUUCAUUCAUCACCCGGGAGAGUCAGGUGAUGCCACGGGGAUGGUUGCAGAUGGCACCUUUGAGGGCACGGUGACCUCUUUUUCUGAGGAGGGUGGAGACACAAAGUCUGGAGAGGGAGUAGGUGCCACGCUUGCAGACAGCCUUUGCAUGCAGGGUGGGGAAAGUUCUCUGGAGACCCAGCCCCGCCCCUUCCGCUGCAACCAGUGCGGCAAGACCUAUCGCCAUGGGGGCAGCCUGGUGAACCACCGCAAGAUCCACCAGACCGGUGACUUCAUCUGCCCCGUCUGCUGCCGCUGCUACCCCAACCUGGCUGCCUAUCGCAAUCAUCUGCGAAACCACCCGCGCUGCAAAGGCUCUGAGCCCCAGGUGGGGCCCGUUCCAGAGGCAGGAGGCAGCGGUGAGCCCCAAAACAUGGCGGAGGAGGGCCUCGGGCAGGCAGAAGUGGAGAAGUUCCAGAAGGAACUUAAAGUGGAGCCCCUGGAGGAGGUGGCGAGGGUGAAGGAAGAGGCCUGGGAGGAGACCACUGUGAAGGGGGAGGAAAUGGAGCCGAGGUUGGAGACUGCGGAGAAGGGCUGCCAGACCGAAGCCAGCUCCGAGCGGCCCUUCAGCUGCGAGGUGUGCGGCCGGUCCUACAAGCACGCCGGCAGCCUCAUCAAUCACCGGCAGAGCCACCAGACCGGCCACUUUGGCUGCCAGGCCUGCUCCAAAGGCUUCUCAAACCUCAUGUCCCUCAAGAACCACCGGCGCAUCCACGCGGAUCCCCGGCGUUUCCGCUGCGCCGAAUGUGGGAAGGCCUUCCGCCUGCGGAAGCAGCUGGCCAGCCACCAGCGGGUCCACAUGGAGCGUGGUGGAGCUGGGGGCUCCCGCAAGCUGCCCCGGGAAGAUCGGCCCUUUCGCUGUGGGCAGUGUGGGCGGACCUACCGCCACGCCGGCAGCCUCCUGAACCACAGGCGUAGCCACGAGACGGGCCAGUAUAGCUGUCCCGCCUGCCCCAAGACCUACUCCAACCGCAUGGCCCUGAAGGACCACCAGAGGCUGCACUCGGAGAGCCGGCGGCGCCGAGCUGGGCGGUCCCGGCGGGCAGCUGUGCGCUGCGCCCUCUGCGGCCGGGGCUUCCCUGGCCGGGGAUCUCUGGAGCGGCACCUGCGAGAGCAUGAGGAGGAGGCCAGAGGGGGUCAGGGAGGCCCAAACGGCACCGAGGGCGGUGAGGGGAACCUGGUCGACGACCAGGGACUAGAGGGCAGGUGGUGCGGUACUGAGUCGGUAUCCCCGCUGGAGGCUGGAGUCAUGAGGCCAGCGGAGCAGAGUCAGAGCCCCCUCAAGGCAGCAGGUUUAGAAGGCACAGAGCCAAUGUCCUGGGGCACGGGGAAAGCAGAUGGGUGGCAAGGAGACAGAGGACCGGUGAAUCAUGAUGGAGAUUGGGUUCCUGGGGGUCACGUACCAACCAAGCCGGAAGACGAGUCAGGGGACAGUGUCCCCAGGAGUCCUUGCCACCUUGGCAACAGCCAGCCCAAUGGACCUAGUCUGAUUCCCAUGGAUAGCUGGAACAAUGGAGACAGCAGCCCUCAGCUUCAGCCGGAGAGCCACUCCUUUUCCUGCAGCCCUUGUGGCAAGACCUCCUGCCAGUCGGAAGGGCCCUUGAAACACCACAACACCCACAAGACAGACCGUCACUAUUGCCUGCUCUGCUCCAAGGAGUUCUUGAAUCCUGUGGCCACCAAGAGCCAGAGCCACAACCACAUAGCUGCCCAGACCUUUGCCUGCCCUGACUGUGGCAAGGGCUUUCGGUCCCACCAUGAACUCGCCAGCCACCUGCAGACUCAUGCCAGGGGCCUCAGUCAGGUGUCGCCCCAGAUGGAGGCCAGAGGUCCCAAAGCUGGGGCUGUGGAGGAUGAGUUGGAUCUCCCUGGUCAAGUCCGGAAGGCCCCAUCAGAACCCCCCAGGGCCCCAGGAGAGAAUGCCGGGAGAGCUAAUGGAGGCCAAGGCGUCAGGUCUGCAGCAGCUGUGGACGAGGAGCGGCCCUUCCACUGUGCCCAGUGUGGGCGUUCCUACCGCCAUGCCGGUAGCCUGCUGAACCACCAGAAGGCCCACACCACUGGACUGUAUCCCUGCUCCCUCUGCCCCAAACUUCUACCCAACCUGCUGUCCCUUAAGAACCACGGCAGGACCCACACGGACCCCAAGCGCCACCGCUGCAGCGUCUGUGGCAAGGCCUUCCGGACAGCUGCCCGGCUGGAGGGCCACGGGCGGGUCCACGCACCCCGGGAGGGGCCCUUCACCUGCCCCCACUGUCCCCGCCACUUCCGCCGCCGCAUCAGCUUCCUGCAGCACCAGCAGCAGCACCAGGAGGAGUGGGCAGUGGCCAGCUCUGGAACCCCAAAGGCACCAGCGGCGGGCAGAGGGGACUUGUCAUUGCCCCCUCCACCCACCCCCACGACCCCACUCCUGGACCCUUCACCCCAGUGGCCUGCAGACCUCAGCUUCUCCCUCUGAACUUCAAGUUUCCAAAGAUCAGAAUACGGGGUAGGGGGAGGGCAGGUUGUAGGGAAAGGCUUGAUCUCCUUGUUUUGCUCAGGAGUAGUUUGGGCAUCCCCAGCUCUCUUCUCCUCUCCUCCUGCAAAGAGGACCCAGAUCUGGCUUCUUUCCCAUGGAGGGGGUGAGAUGUUCCUCCCGUCCUGUCCUUGAAAGACCUCCUUUCCCCUGCCUUUGUCACCAUGCUCUUCCCUGUGACCAGCCCUGCAAGAAACCCAGUGCCAGGCUCUGCGGCCGGGCCACCCUCACCAGCCAGAUUCCAACACUAGGGAGAGGCAGAUUCAGAGAGAGCCAUGGGUGGGAAUGUUGCCUGUGGAAGGGGGGAGCCUUUUACUACAAUUUGUAAUUUAUUUUCUAAAGUCUAUUUUGUAACAAUUUAUUUAAGUUUAAAAAUACAGGAAAAUUGCUCCCCCCAAAAAAGAAAAUUUCAAAGUACAUGGCUGGUACUGGUUGUAUCUGAGGGGAUGACGAAUAGGGAAAGCUGGGGAUGCCUGCGUUGGACCGCAGAGCUGGACGUGGAGGGGGCAUCCACAGGGGAGGUCUCCCUGUCCUGCAGAGGGGAGCGGGGGCAGCUGUCGGUCGGGGCAGGCUCCUUCCCAGAGCCCAUUGCGCUGUCGGGCCUGCCCCAGUGGGGGACGGGGUCAUGGGGGAUGGCAGAGGGGCAGGGGCAGUGACGCAGGAAUUGCCUCACUGUGACUGCAGUGUCCCAGAGCCACCUGUCAACAACCAGCUGGCUGGCCGGUCAGGGAGAGGAAGGAGGGUGGGGCUGGCCUCGUCCUCACAGCUUCCCUCCCUUCCUGCCUUAGAGGAAGAGGAAGGAGGCGCUCCUCAGCCCCCAUGACAGAUGAGAAAAGUUUGGUCCGAAGAGGUUGAGAGGCGUGCUCUCCCAGUCAAACAGUGACAAGAGCCAGAAUUUGAAUCCAGAUGGGUC